AGCGAAUUUCAGUGUGAAGAAAUAGUAGGAAAAAAAGGCUGUAAUUUUUCUGCAACGAGAGCACACCAAUUUUUUCUUAAUUAAACACCUUAAUUUUAACAACUUAUUUAACAAAAACAUUAAAAACUAAAAAUAAACGUGAAAAUGAGUGUCGAAGAGGAAGUUUUUAAAAUACAAAAGAAAAUGAGCAAAAUCACAACAAAUGAUGGCACGGGCCAGGAACAGGCUUUGGAUUUGUUAAAGGCCUUACAGUCGCUCAAUAUUAAUUUGGAAAUUUUGACCAAAACCCGUAUAGGUAUGACGGUAAAUGAAUUGCGUAAAAGCAGCAAAGACGAAGAGGUUAUUGCCUUGGCUAAAACUCUAAUCAAAAACUGGAAACGUUUCUUAGCUGCUCCGGGUGCCACGGCCAGCAAAGAUUCUAGCAAAUCGGGUAGUGACAGCAAAUCCUCAUCGGCUAGCAAGUCUAGUUCGUCAUCCAGCAAAGAUAAGGAGAAAUCCUCAUCAAACUCCUCCUCUAAAGACAAAGAUAAGAAAGAUGAGAAAAAAUCUUCAUCAUCAUCGUCAACCAAAGAUGAACGUAGACCCACACAAACCUCAUUUCCCGCUUCGUCGGGUAUGACCGAUGCGGUGCGUUUAAAAUGCCGUGAAAUGCUGUGCAACGCCCUUAAAGUAGGCGAAGCCAUGGAAGGCUGGCCGGAACCGGAAGAAAUGGCUAUUGAAUUGGAGGAAGCCAUUUAUGCCGAGUUCAGAAACACCGAUAUGAAAUACAAAAAUCGCAUACGCUCUAGAGUGGCCAAUUUGAAAGAUUCUAAAAAUCACACCUUGCGCGGCAAUUACAUGUGCGGUGCUGUAACAGCCCAACAAUUGGCUAAAAUGACACCCGAAGAGAUGGCCAGUGAUGAAAUGAGAAAGCUGAGAGAGAAAUUUGUUAAGGAAGCCAUUAAUGAUGCCCAAUUGGCCACGGUGCAAGGCACCAAGACGGAUCUGCUUAAAUGUGGCAAGUGUAAGAAACGUAAUUGUACCUAUAACCAACUGCAGACCCGAUCAGCUGAUGAACCUAUGACCACUUUUGUCAUGUGUAACGAGUGCGGUAAUCGCUGGAAGUUCUGCUGAAAUAAUAAUAAAUCUCAGCUUAAACACCAACACCACCACCACCUCCAACACUACCAACAAUCCAUAUAUUGUUUACUUUUAUUUUCUUAAAAUCCCAAUUUUUAAAUAACUGUAACAAAUCAGUUUUAAUUUUUUUUUUUCAUUUUUAUUAUCUUUUUUUUUUUGGCUUUCUUUAAUUUUAAUAUGAUUUCUUUUUAACCACCAAUAAGGGCCUACACUAAACUGUAGGCUUUUAAAGUUUUUUUUGAUUAAAAUUUGUAGUAAAGAAAAAAAAAACAUUGUGAAAGAAAUUUAUUAAAAUACUGUUGAGAAGUAUAAUUUUACCACAAAUGUUUAUUGUAAAAUCUUAGUCGUUAUAGUUAGUCCUUCGCAUAUCGUCACCACAUAGAUAUGCUCUUUAUAAGAUGAUAAAAAUACUGGUUUUCUUUUGUAAAUAACCAGUUGUGAAGAGUUAUUUUUUUUUUAAUUUAAAAUACUCUUGUUAAUUUGGACAUAGUAUAUACAAAUAAUUAAUAAAUAAAAAUGAUGCUAAAAAUACAGACAUACAUACAAAAA